UUGGUUUAUUUUUUAUUCCAUAUUCUAUUCAUAGUAUAAUAUUAAUAAUAAUAAUAAUAACAACAAAUGUAUAGAUUUUUGAGUUUUAUCAUGUGAAAUUUGUGUUAUGAUUGCUAAUUUUAAUAGUCUUGAAACUUUCAUAUACUUAAGUUAAGCUGCUAAUACACAGUAGUUAUAAACAAUAAUGAACUAUGCUUUGUCUACAUUACGUGUAAUAUUUAAAUAUAUUGUAAUUUUUUGCUUUUGUGUAUAAUUUUUGCAGUAUUAUAUUAGGUAUAAUUUCAAAAUGACUGAUGUUUCUUCAAAAGAAGAUUUGGUAUGUUCACUAGACGGUAACAGUACCAGUUCGAAAUCAGAAACACUUCAAAAUACAACAAACACGGUGCAGGCGUCGGCCACGGCCUCUGACUUGUCGACCAAGGUGCGGGCGUCGCCCACCGCGGGCCCGGCUCACGGUCUCGGGGCGGUGGUAGCCACGCACUACAACACCCUGCAGGAGAAGGGACUCGAUGAGAGGUGCAAGAGUCGGAUAUUCUACCUCAGGAACUUCAACAACUGGACCAAGAGCAUGCUCAUCAACGAGUUCAUGAGCAAGCUGUGGCAGCUGCGUGGGCGAGACAGUGAGCUGCGAGUGAUGGACAUGUGCUGCGGCAAGGGAGGGGACCUGCUGAAGUGGCGGCGGGGCAACAUCUCGCACCUGGUGUGCGUGGAUCUGGCAGCCACAUCCGUUGAGCAGUGCCGCAACCGCUACAACGACCUGGUGACGAGGAGUGGCUCGGAGCGCGGCUUCGCCCCCGUUUUCUCCGCCGAGUUCAUCGCUGCUGACUGCACAAAGACGCAGCUGAAACAAAGGUACCAGGACUCGUUGAUGAUGUUGGACCUUGUGAGCUGCCAGUUUGCAUUUCACUAUUGUUUUGAGAGCCUGCCCCAGGCUGAGUGCAUGCUGCGGAACGUUGCGGAAUGUCUGCGUCCCGGUGGAUUCUUCAUUGGCACCAUGCCCGAUGCAUAUGGGAUUGUGCAUCGCCUGAAAGCCUCCGGCGGGAAAGAGUUUGGAAAUGACUUGUACAAGAUUGAGUUCCAGUGCGACACUGAGCGUAUCCCUUUGUUUGGAGCAAAGUACGACUUCCAUUUGGAAGGAGUUGUAGACUGCCCUGAGUUCCUUGUUCAUUUCCCUACUUUGAUAAAAUUGGCUGAGAAAUUUGGCCUGCGCUUGGUGUUCAAGAAAAAGUUCAGUGAAUAUUACAAGCAGCAGCAGGAAGAAGGAAGAUCUUUGUUGGGGAAAAUGCAAGCACUAGAGACGUACCCGCCCUUCCACGAAUCCCCACUUCUGGGGAAGAUCCCGGAUGACUAUGAGCACGUCGAGCAGUACAUGCAGCGGUGCAUGGAGCGCGGCCAUCGCCGUGUUGGCACGCUGUCCCGCUCCGAGUGGGAGGCCGCGGCUUUGUACCUGGUGUUUGCGUUCGAGAAGCAGAAGUCUGCCGCGGGCAUGGAUGAGACACAAAGCAGCGGAGGCGGCAGCAGGCGGUCAGAAGCAGAGGGCCGUAAGGCGAGGAGUGACAAUGCUGCUGCAACCACGUCGUAGAGACUAUCAACGUGAUGGAACCAGCACCUUAUCCUGUUCUGCCGUUAGUGGCCAGUGACUGUGGGUAGUGCGAACACCAUUCAAUAUUGUCGAUCAGUUUCAGGACAAGUGAAAACAUGUUUUUAUACUUGAGGUAAUGGAGCAAUGAUGAAGUGUUUUCUCUGUCUUUGAUUGUGACAUGAACUUGAAGAAAUGUGAGUUAAUAAUUUAUCACAAUGUUGAUGUAGAAGUUUAAUUUUUGCUAGUGUUGGGUCAAUUCCUGACGUAGGUUUUAUCCUCAAAUUUGGGAUUUGAUUCAAUUUCCUCUCCUUGUUAAGAUGAAAUCUAAGAACACACAAUUUUUCGUAAAUAUAAACCUAUUUAUAAUUUUGAAAUGUGAUUACAAAGGAUUAUAUUUUUACUUUAUUACAGCUACAAAAAGUACCAAUAAAUAUAUGUUGUGUAACAUUGUAGGAUUUUAAGCAUAUAGGGAAAUGUAUCUAGUUGACUGGCACCCCAAAAAUGAAAUGUUUAUUAAAUAAUUUAGCAAUUAUUCAUAAACUUGAACUAAAUAGCAUUUGUUAUUGAGAUUUUUUCCCAAAAUAUUAAAUUUAAAUCAUGGUAGGGGAAAUGUAAAUUUGACAAAAAAUAGAAAAUAAUUUAAAACUGCUAAUUCUGUAUAGUUUUUCUAUUUAUCUUUGUCAUUAUCAUGUAAUAUAUGUUUAUUUCAGUUUUCAGAGCUGCGAGAAGCAUUACAGGUAUCAAUUUUAUAUAAAAGUUUUAUUUAGGGGAAACAACUUCACUAGAGUGUUUGAACCCUGCUGAAUUCGAAAAUCACUGCAGUCUGUUUAUCUGUUAAACAAACUCAUUCAAAAAGUUGAAAGUAAGUUUCAGAUGCCCUCAGACCAGAUAAGAUACUUUGAAAUAACAUAAUUUAAGAAUAAAUGACACUUUAUAAAAUAUUCACUUGAAUGAAGCUAUUUUGUAGAGAAGUGUAAAAGAAAAUGUGAAAUAUUUUAAGCAAGACAGGUUUAACUAUUUUAAAAUUUAAAAUAAAAUGAACCCAAACGAAAUAUGUACUGUGUUUAAUCGUAUAAUGGUCGCACGCGCAUAAUCGUCGCAACCAUAUUUUAGGCUGUCAAAAUUGGGAUAAAAAAACUUCUCGCGUAAACGUCGCAUGUUGUUUUUGGUCUCUCUAGUAGAUGCGGAGCGCUUUGUGUAGGUAGCUUUUCCCGUAUAAAACAAUGUAUUUUAAAGUAGAAAUCUAAUAUUUAUUCGGUCAUUACCACUUACUUAAUAAAUUAACGGAAAAAUACGAAUUUGUUUGACAUGUAAAUUUUCUUAUAAAGAUGUUUUUAAAAGUUAUUUCCUUUAUCUGAACGUCUGCGUCGCCGCGGUGUAGGUAUAAUCUAAAUUUUAAUUUCGGUCAUUACCACUUAUUUAUUUCUUUAACGGAAAUAAAAAGUUGUCUGACGUGUAAAUUUUCUUUUAAAGACGCUUUAAAUGUAAAACGGUAUUUCCUUUAUCUGAUUGUCUGCGUUACCGCAGCGUACCGCUUAUAAAAAUGUAGCCAGCGCAUCAUUCAUGUUUGGUUAUGUUGCUUUCCGUAUAGAGCAUGCGCACGUUGUCAAAUAUCGAUAUCUCGCCAAUUGGAUGCAACGCGCACUCUCUGUCCGGUGCCGAGUUAACUACAUUUGAUAGCCCGCAUUCUUUCGUGGUAAGUGUGUACUACGACACGUUAGUUCACGUCAGAUUCAAGUGGCUUGCGUUCGCGUUAGAGUUUUGGUUUUUCUAUUUAAAGUUGAAGAAAGGUUUUUGUUUAAGGAAUUAUUAAUAUAGAUUGUUUGGCGUGCUAUUGUAUACUCCACCUUUUUUUAAAUAAACGUAGGUACUUUGCAUGAUCGGGUUUUGUUUUUAUGAAUAACUUUACCUAAAAAAUAUUUUUUUCCGCAUUAUCUUUGCACCCCUACUUUUUAAACUUGAUUUUAGAAUAAAAUGUGCGACGAUUAUACGAUAAAACACGGUAACUAUACACAUAAAGGCACGCUCACUUCAAAACUAAGCCUCUGUGUCUAGUAGUUCAUGAUGUCUACCACCAGAAACAUGUUCAAAAUGGAUGAGAGGGAAACAACAGUAUUAGGCAGAACAUCCAGUUACCAGGUGUAAUUUGUGUUUCCUGUCUCAUUCUGCUGUGCUGCAGAUCCUGCUUGUAGAUACCUGUUUUAGACAUGCCUCACAACAUACCCAAUGUGGGGAUUUCAGUAACUUCAUUUAACAACCUUGACACGGGCAUUCAACGAGACCUAUCAUUUUCAUGUCAAAAAAUGUAAACUGUACUAUUCUGACAUUUUGGAUUACAGGUUUACAGUUAAGAUUUCAAAGAGACAAACAUAAUUUUUGAAUUAAACAGAGGUUCACAUUUGCAUUGAAACACAAGCCUUUUAUUGAAAUUUUUUGUAUACUGUAUGAACAAUGUAGAUAUAGCAUAAUGUAUGAAGCAUAUACAUAUUGUUAUAUUUUCCUGCAAUUAUUAAGUUACAACUGUUUUUUGUUUCAUCAAAAUAACAUUUUUAGGUCCUAACAUUUGAAAUCGACAAGCUUUGUUAUUCCUACAGUUAUUCUUAAUACAGUGAAUGUUAUUAAUGUUAUUACUUAAGUUUUUAUAACAGAAAUUGACUCUCACACUAGAGGGACUUCAUAUUUAUAUUGUUUACAAUUUUUACAUUCAGCACGUGAUAAUUGAAAAGCUUUUGCUUCCUGUUAUUUAUCUUUAUUUUUAUUAUAAUAAUUUUUUUUUAUUAAUGUGUGUGUGGAUUAAUGUUUUUAAUCACAUUAAUAAAUUUUUAAUGUUUUUAUAACAAAUGAUGAAUGACUAAGACUAAGAAGGUUAACUUGAAGCAAUGCAUAGGAGUGCUUAGCACUAAAUAAACAUCAAAGUGUCAUCUUAAAAGAGAUACUUAAAAGUAGGGGUGGACGGGAUCCCAAAAUUCGGGAUAAAAGUCAGGAAAAAAACCAUUCCCGAACUUCGGGAAAAUAAUUUUUCUCUUCGGGAUAAUACCUCGGGAAAACAAGUUUUUUUAAAUAGUAAAAACCUUUGUCGUACUAAUUUUUAUAUUAUAAAAAUACGUUAUGUAUACAUACGUCCCGUAACAACAUUGUAUACAUAUUAAACAAACUAAGUAAAAAGACAUCACAAAAAAUAAAUUGCAUAUUAUAAACAUUAACGUAAAUUCAACACUCGUUCAUAAAUAUAAGUAGUUUAAAAUAAAUCUCUGACUAAUUAAAGAAUUCAAUGUUGAAUAUUAUUUUUAAGUUUGGCGAAUGUUAACGUCUUUGCCGUAUUUGUAGGUUAUAAUUUGUGUUGAAAAUUAACAAGAGCAACAAUAAGCAGUUUUGCCAAACGCGUAAUAUUCGAAACGCUAAUAAACUGAAAGACGCCAUCUUGGUUUCACAUGUUUAUGCCAUUAUAAACGUCUUUCAUAAACAUCAGAGGGUUUUACGUUUUAGUAGUUGGUCAUUAUGUAAGAAUGAAAGUGAACAAUUAAAAACAAGUGGUAUUUUUAAAGUAAACAAGAUAAUUAUUUCUAGUAAAUUUCAUUUAAUAAAAAACGGUAGUUUAUACACGUGUGUGAAUGAUGGAGCCUGGCAUUCCAGGCAGUAGCAAAAGUGAACCAGGUGUGUCUUCUGCACCUAUUUGGAAGUUCUUUAAGAAAUUACCAAAUAACAAGGUGCAAUGUACUUUGUGCCCUUCUGUCCUGAAAACGGAAUAUGGUUCCACAACAGGUAUGCACAGACACUUAACACAACAUCCGAAGGCAAAAAAUUAGUUGGCCAUUCUUCAGGAAAAAUACACAUCUUUCAAAUUAUCAAGCAGAAGUGAGAAAAAGUCAGUUAAAUCAGAUGUUCAAACAAAUCAGCCCAAGCUAGCUAAUUUUGUCACCUGGGGUAUUGACCAGCCCAAUUAAAAGGCUUUGACAAAAGAAGUAGGUAAAUGGUUAGCAAAUGGUUGCCAUCCAUACAGCAUUGUUGAUGAAAGAGGCCUAAAAAAUGUUUUAAAAUUGGUUAAGCCUCUGUACAGUCUGCCAUCGAGCAAAACAUUCAGCAGGAAAAUAAUUCCAGAGUUGUACGAAGAAACUGUCAACAGUUUGAAUGCUAAAAUAGGCAGUGCCAUUUACACUGAUUUGGACUAUAAAUGUGGAUGGUUUAUUAAAAAAAAGACUUAAAAAUAUGCACAUUUUAAAAGUAAAUAAAGUAAAUAUAAUUUUCUGUACAAGAGACAAUUUACUGCUCUUGCUCCCGAUCCCGAUCCCGAAAAUCUAAUGUAUUUCCCGACCGAAUCUCGUCCCGAAGUAAAAUUGCUAUUCCCGUCCACCUCUACUUAAAAGCAAGGUGAAUGUAGGCUUGGGGGAAAAGAAUUGUGGUAAAGGUUUAUUCAGGUGAAUAUGAUACAUUUCUACCACAUUUUUUCACUUCAACAUUAAUUGCAUUUGUUUGGAUUAUACAUACACCGAUUCAGGAAGAAUAGGUUAACUUUGUUUGUAAGACAGUGGAUUAUGAAUACAUAUUAUCAGUAUUGAUGUUGAUCAGGAACACUCCCAGAAUCAGAAUUGACCCAACACUAAUUUUUAACUUAAUUCAGACAAAUAUUUUGCUUUACUGAGCUUCUUUUUGGUAUUUAAUAGAGCUGGGCCGAUGCCGAUCCCCGAUCGUAAUAAUCGGCCGAUUUUGUUAAUUUUGCCGAUCAUAAUGAUCGGCAAAACAUAGCCAAUUAUUUGAGCCGAUCAUUGGUCUCCAACUGCAAACUUAUAACAUUGAAUAAUUACCUAUACCUAACAACUUUCCGUUUGUUUACGGUACUUUUCAGGAAGAAAAAUCAAUUAUUCAUUGAAAAAUAAUAGGAUUUAAUAAUUUAAAACUAACCACACACGAAAAAAUAUACCAAUAAAGUAAACAAAUAGUGUAAGUUUUAUAAACAUUGAACAGUUACAUACCUAAGUAUCAAUUUCCACGUAUAUUUACAGUACUUUUGGUAAAAUAAUUUUCCAUUAUACUAUUUGCAAAGUUAUUUCUUAUCAUUUACAAACCGAAAACUAUGUAUUUGAUUACCAUUUACGGUUAAUAUUACCGCAAUGGCGAAUGGCGACUGUUGUUUAGGUUGGUUAUGUGACGCCAGAGAUUAGAGUAACGCGCGUCGCGCGACGGAAUUCGUACGGAUUAAUGGCGCUAGUAGUCUCGUGGUUAGUAAACAACUACCUCUUCGGGAAUUUAUUUAGUUUUUUCUCGCUAAAUAUGGCAAAUUGAAAGUUUUGUUUAGCGAAAUUAAUAUUCUUAUCCUGUUUAGCGGGAUAUAGAGCUUAUUUUUCUUUUGUAUGUAAACCUGGUUGGUGAAGAAUUUUGUUCCCCAUUUAAUGGUAUUUCGUAUUCACAAAUUAACUUACAAUCGGGAAUUAUUGAAAGUUUGUUGGCAGCACUGGGGGGAAGGAAGGCCAAUAAAAUUAUCAUCGCUGACGUCUACCGGCACACACGGAUCACAGAAUGACGGAGUUGUGAUUAGGUGAAGAUUUGGUUUGACCUUUUUACAUUUUAUCGCAGUUAAAUGUGUGCGCAAUUGUGUAGUGAUUUAUAAGUAAUCAUGUCAAUAAAAAGUAGUUUUGUCUGGGAAUAUUUCACCGUUUAUAGUGAUCCGUCAAAAGCAAUGUGUAAUCAGAGGUACUCGAAAGACUCUAAUCGGCUCAGAAGAUCGGCAAGAUUGGCAGCAGAUGAUCGGCAUUAGCAUGAUCGGCAAAAUAGGUGAUCGGCCCAGCUCUAGUAUUCAAGUAUUGUAAAUAUUUACAUUUACAUUGUACACAUUUUUUUAUCAUUUGUUUAAAAGCAGUAAUUAAAAGUGAAAAUAUAUUUACAUUAA